CUCGGCGCGUCGACUUCAAAUUCGCCCGAUUUGUUGAAAAAGAUGGCACGACGUUCCGGAAAAUUUUGUAUUGGAAAAGGAUGCCGUUGGACGUGACUGGCCAAUUUGGGCAUGACAUCAUUAGUCAUACACCAAUCGCCUAUUCUUCUUCUCCUGUUCGUUCUCGUUCUCCUUCCUUCUCCGUCGCUCUGCCGCGCUCCCAGGCCUCCUUCGAGAAGCACCACUUGCGGAGACAAACUAUGUGAGAUUGAUAUUAAAAACAAACUGAAUGCAAGACAGAACCCCCUGGACUUUUUGUACCUACAAGAAUGGGACUUCAACCUCAGAGAUCGGUGCGAGUUUUGCCCUCAAGGAGAUGAAUCCGGAAUCGUCGUGACCAUCCUCGGCCUUUUCGAACUCACGGUGGACAAUGAAGAAAGAAAAGAGGGAAAGUGGGAGCUUGAAGCUGCCAACCUCGCCGUCCGUCAUAUUAACGAACAAAACAUUCUCGGACCAAAGUACAAGCUAGCACUUAUCGUAAAUGAUACAAAGUGCGAUCCCGGCGUCGGCCUUGACGCUUUUUUUCAUGCUUUGUAUACACGGAAGGAAAAAAUGGCUUUCCUACUUGGGACGUCAAAUUCCGAGGUGACCGAGAGCCUAUCAAAAGUCAUUCCAUAUUGGAACAUGCUUCAGGUUUCGUUCGGAUCGACAUCGCCGGCGCUGAGCAUCAAGAAAGAGUUUCCACAUUUCUACAGAACAGUUGCCCCAGACUCGUCUCACAACUUAGCGAGGAUAGAAUUUUUAAGACGGUUCUCGUGGGAAACCGUUACAAUUUUUAGCCAGAACGAAGACGUCUAUUCUCUUGCAGUUAACGACCUCGUAACGGAGUUGGAACAGUCAAACAUCUCCUGCGGUGCGACCAUUACCUUUGCCGAGGCUGACAUCAAUGACCAACUCAAAAUUCUUAGAGAAUUAGAUACUAGGAUCAUAAUUGGAAGUUUCUCACAUUCUGUGGCGCCUAAAGUGUUUUGCGAAGCAUACUCCCUCGGCAUGUACGGAGAAGACUACGCUUGGCUGAUCCAAGGCAGGCCUAAGGACAGGUGGUGGAUGAAGACAGACGUAUGUGGAGAUAAUCUGUCAAAAGCGACCAACGGGAUUAUUUUCAUUGCAAGCUUUGACUCUUUGAUCGGGAAUUUGACCGCGUCAUCUGGGCUGUUAGAAAGUGAUAUCGAGGAGAUGCUCGAGGGAAAAUCAGGCGAUUACAUUCGCCAGACAUACGACGCAGUUUGGGCAAUUGCGCUGACACUGAGAUCGUUCAUGUUAUACAUGAGCAUAGAGGAUUUUGACUACAACAGACGCGACAUGUCCAGACAACUGUCGAAAGAAAUGAGCAAGACGACAUUUAACGGAAUUUCGGGACCUGUUCGUUUUAAUGGGCCCGACCGAAUAGGUUUUACGGCUUUGUAUCAAAUUCAAGGUGGAGACAGCGUCAUGGUGGGUUUAUUCGACGGAUUCGAGAAAGAGCUGACUAUGCCCUGUUCAGGUUGCAAGCCCGUUGUUUGGCCAGGGGAUCAAGUUCCAAUUUCAAAAAGGGUAUUCAAGCUUAGGACCGUCACCGUCCAGCCGGUCGCCUUCUUUUCCAUAGCCACCUUUUCCAUGAUUGGCAUCGGCGUGGCAAUGAUUUUUUUAAUUGCCAACCUUCAUUUUCGAAAACACAAGUAA